AGCUGGCCACAUUGUGCUUCGCAAAAAUGGCGUCUCGUCGGAGAGUUGUGCAAGCGGAAGAUUUGGCGAACGUAGAAUUUGAAACCAGUGAGGAUGUGGAAGUAAUUCCAACUUUUGACGCUGUAGGACUACGUGAAGACCUAUUGCGUGGUAUUUACGCGUACGGUUUUGAGAAGCCGUCAGCAAUUCAACAGAGGUCCAUAAAACCAGUCAUUAAAGGACGAGAUGUCAUUGCGCAGGCGCAGUCAGGAACAGGGAAAACUGCUACAUUCGCAAUUGGCGUUCUUCAGACAACUGACACCCAAGUUCGAGAAACACAGGCACUCAUUUUGUCACCCACCAGAGAAUUGGCUGUACAGAUUCAAAAGGUCAUUCUCGCUCUUGGAGACUACAUGAACGUCCAGUGCCACGCGUGCAUCGGAGGCACUAAUUUGGGUGAAGACAUCCGCAAGCUAGACUACGGCCAGCACAUUGUAUCCGGAACACCAGGCAGAGUGUUUGACAUGAUCAAGCGGAGGAAUCUCCGAACUCGUUCCAUCAAAAUGCUUGUCCUUGAUGAGGCUGAUGAGAUGUUGAAUAAGGGUUUCAAAGAGCAGAUCUAUGACGUGUACCGGUACUUGCCCCCCUGCACCCAGGUUGUGCUCAUCUCAGCUACAUUGCCACAUGAAAUCCUUGAGAUGACCAGCAAAUUCAUGACUGAUCCUGUUCGUAUCUUGGUCAAGCGUGACGAGUUGACACUUGAGGGCAUCAGACAGUUCUUUGUCGCUGUCGAAAGGGAGGAAUGGAAAUUUGACACACUGUGCGACCUGUAUGACACCUUGACCAUCACACAAGCAGUCAUCUUCUGCAACACAAAGCGAAAGGUGGACUGGCUGACAGAGAAGAUGCGCGAAGCAAACUUUACAGUGUCCGCAAUGCACGGUGACAUGCCGCAGAAGGAAAGGGACGCCCUCAUGAAGGAGUUCCGCUCUGGGCACAGUCGUGUGCUGAUAACAACUGACAUCUGGGCCAGAGGCAUUGAUGUUCAGCAGGUCUCACUUGUAAUCAACUAUGACCUUCCCAACAACCGUGAGUUGUACAUCCACAGGAUUGGCCGAUCAGGUCGUUUCGGCCGCAAAGGUGUCGCCAUCAACUUUGUGAAGAACGAUGACAUCCGCAUCUUGCGAGACAUAGAACAGUACUACAGUACUCAGAUUGAUGAAAUGCCCAUGAAUGUUGCUGACCUUGUCUAAACUUCAGAAGAUCAUCAGAUGUACAGACUUAAACAAUAAAUCAUCCAGGGCAGUUUUUCAUUUCCCACAACCAA